AUGGACUCAUCCAUUGCCUAUGAAAAGCCCGUCGGUGCCCGCUCUAGGGAGAAGCCUCUUGCAGACAUCACCCCAACUCCAGCGGAUCUUUCUCCUACGACCAUGACCGAAAAGCCAGACAACAAUGCGAUCGAGCAGGCCCGUCUUGCGGUUGAUGACGCUGAGAGCAUCGACAAAGCCGCUGCACAAGGAAGAGGUGUUGACGAUGCCUUCCGCUUUGCUGUAGAUGGCAGCGACGUGACCUGGACAGAAGCCGAGGAGAGGAAAGUGAGAUGGAAGAUCGAUGCUGUUAUUCUACCACUGCUUUUCAUCAGUGCUGUCGUCGGAUACAGCGACUCCCAAGCAUACGGGUUCGCGGCGCUGUUUGGUCUCGUAACAGACCUAAAGCUAUACGCCUUCAAAGUUGUCAAUGGUCAAGCAGCCCUUGACCUCUCCAAGUAUUCGCUCUCCGCCUCAAUAGCCAAUCUGGGCGCCGUGGCCGGACAGUAUCCGCUACUGGCAGCCGCGCAGUACUUCUCAUACGGGAAGUUCAACUGUGCAUUUGUGAUCUACACUGGCCUGCUCUCGAUCCUUACCAUUGUGUGCAAAGACUUUUCGGACAUCAUGGCUUUAAGGUUCUUCUACGGAUUCGCAACCAUAACUCAGCCACUCGCCAUCAUUAUUACGUCUAUGUGGUGGAAGACUCGAGAGCAGCCGCUUAGAGUAGGCUUGUUCAUAGCCGGUUCUGCCUUAGGACAGCUAGUCGGUCAAGGAGUCGACCUAGGAGCGACCAGCCUCAAAGGAGCGUACGCUGCUAGCCCAUGGAAAUGGAUUUAUGUUAUCCUCGGCUCGGUGACCAUCGGCUUCGGAAUCAUAGCGUUCUUUAUCUUCCCAGCAACGCCAAUGACAGCGUGGUUCUUGACGCAAAAGGAGAAGGUCAUCGCCGUACGUCGACUCACGACGAACAAUACUGGGAUUCAGACCAGGAAGUUCAAGCUUAAGCAGCUGAAGGAAGCCGCACUGGAUCCGCAGCUGGCUUUGUUAGGAGUAUAUGCCUUUGCUUUCGCUUUCGCCAAUGCCGCCUUAGGAGCUUUCGGGCCAUUCCUAAUUACGAGCUUUGGCUAUUCCAAACGCCAUGGAAUCGCUUUACUCAUGCCGGCUACCGCGGUCGCCAUGACCUCGAUGAUUGUAUCAGGAGCCCUGGGGUCAAUGUAUCCGAGGCGCCGAAUUGCAAUCGCUAUGCUCUUCAUUCUUCCAUCUAUCGCUGGCAAUUGCAUUCUGUGGAAGGUAGAGAGGACCAAUGCUCCCGCACUGCUCGCAGGACUUUACAUUUCCACCACCUUCUACGGUGCUCUGGUACAGCAAUUUUCACUGCUAGCCGGAAAUGUAGCUGGUCACACGAAGAAGUCGGUCACUAAUGCCACUAUCGUGCUUCUAGCAAAUCUUGGCGGAUUCAGUGGACCGUGGUCGUAUCACGGCGAUGAAGCUGCACAAGGCUACCCAACAGGACAAAUUUCGGCGCUGUGUCUGAUGUGUGCCAGUGAGGCGGCUUUCGCAAUUCUCUGGGUUUACUAUUACUACCAGAACAAGAAGAAAGCGGCUCUACGUGAAGCACAGCCUGAGUUGACCAAUGAUCCGAAUAUUUCAUUCAUUGAUCUUACGGACAAGGAGAACCCGGUAUUCGACUACGUGUGCUAA